AUGAAUCAUCUCUUGGUACCCUCAAGUGAUUGGGCAAACGUCGUGGUCGUGGAUCGUGAUUCCACGACCCAGGCGCGAGCAAAUAACGCAGAUGAGCAGUGCCUUUCGUUCAAGGAUGACGCAAACGGGCAGUGGCUCCGGUGCAAGGACAACGCGGACGAGCAGUGGCUUAUGCAUGAGGGAGACGCGGUCGAAAAAGGGUUCCUGCACGAGAGAGCAGUGGUCGAACCGGCGUUCCCACCUGCAUCUUUUGUGGCUUAG